UGCUCCCUGUUGCCCUGGUUACGCCGAGGCACGUGUGCAGUCCCGGAAGCGGCUCCGGGAAGCUGCCCAGCGCGCGCAGCCGGAGGAAGCGCAGCCCGGUCCGUUGGGGUCGGCUCCGGCUGGGCCAUGGAGCUGUUGCCUGAGCCCGCGCCCCGACCCGGGCCCCGCUGUGUUCUGCUUCUCUCCCUGCCACUGUUGCUGCUGCUGCUGCUGGCCCCGGAGCUGGGCCCCAGCCACGCGCACGCCGAGGAGACCGACUGGGUUCGACUCCCCAGCAAAUGCGAAGUGUGUAAGUAUGUCGCCGUGGAGCUGAAGUCAGCUUUUGAGGAGACUGGCAAGACCAAGGAGGUGAUCGACACAGGCUAUGGCAUCCUGGAUCGGAAGGCUUCCGGAGUCAAAUACACCAAGUCCAUUUCAGAGCCCCCAGACCAGAUGACCUAUCUUCCUUCCAGCUCUGACUUCCCUUUGGUGAGAUGCGCAGGAGCUCAGUCCCUCUCGUGCUGCUGUCUCUGCAGGGACUUACGGUUAAUCGAAGUCACUGAGACCAUCUGCAAGAGGCUCCUGGACUACAGCCUGCACAAGGAGAGGAGCGGCAGCAACCGGUUUGCCAAGGGCAUGUCUGAGACCUUCGAGACACUGCACAACCUGGUCCACAAAGGGGUCAAGGUGGUGAUGGAUAUCCCCUACGAGCUGUGGAACGAGACCUCUGCGGAGGUGGCUGACCUCAAGAAGCAGUGCGACGUGCUGGUGGAAGAGUUCGAGGAGGUGAUCGAGGACUGGUACAGGAACCACCAGGAGGAAGACCUGACUCAGUUCCUCUGCGCCAAUCACGUGCUAAAGGGCAAGGACACCAGUUGCCUGGCAGAGCGGUGGUCCGGUAAGAAGGGGGACACAGCCGCCCUGGGAGGGAAGAAGUCUAAAAAGAAGAGCAGCAGGGUUAAGGCCUCAGGCGGCGGCAGCAAACAGAGGAAGGAGCUAGGUGGCCUGGAGGAAGACCGCAGCCCCGAGGAGGAUGAGGGCAUCCAGAAGGCGUCUCCUCUCACACACAGCCCCCCGGAUGAACUUUGAGCCUAACCCAGUGCCCCCUGUCCCGAGAUCCUGACCUGGGGGCUAAAGAAUCUGGGACCCCGCUCUGGCAGGCAGACAGCUGUCCUGCUCCAGGUCCUCCGUGCCAGGCGGCUUGCUGCCAGCAGAGACACGGGGCCAGGGAAGAACUCGCCUCCUCCCUCCGCCCAGCAGCUCUCCUGACCCCGGCUUCGGGCAGGCCGUGCCAUUUCCCGCCUGCCAAGGACUCCAGUGUGAGCUCAGGAGGGGCAGGUGUGGGGCCCAUGGGGAGGGCACCCCAGCCUUCACCUCCCCUUACUCCUCCCCAACGGGGAAGCAAGACUACAGCCCAGCCCACCCCUGCUGACCCCCUCCUGUGGACACCUGGCGCUCUGCCGGGCCCUCCCCAGGGCUCACAGAGUAAAAACCUUUUGGCCUUUUUUGUUCCAAAUUUUGAGUACCCUUCAGCUCCUCAGAGGGGCCUGGAGCCCCUGUUGCUCUUCCUUGCCCCUCACCUUCCAGCCUUGGGGGCUGAGGAUGAAGAGGCAGUUCCCAGCCUCCCAUUACUGAGGCUGGCCAGCCUGCUCUGGGGACCAGCAAGCGCAAGGACGGCCCGGGUUGUUUUGGAGUGAGGCCCCACACAGGGCUUUGGCCCUGCCCCUCAGCUGCCUUUGGACUCCCUGAGCUCCCCAGGCCAGGAGGGGCCUCACCUGUGCCCUGGGCACCUGGCUGCCCUCUGUCCUCUCCUCUCUCCCCAAGGCCUUCCCAUCUGUUGUGUAAACUGUUUGCUGAUGACCCCACCAGAUCCGCCCCUCCUUCCCAUCUCCAUCUGCCCUACUUGUUGGUCUUGAACCUUGUUCCCUGAUGACCACAACUUACAGCUCUGCUCUUUCUAAUUGUUGUGCCCAGAGGGGAGGACACCCCAGUCCCCCAAUAGCCGGUUACACCAUGUUCUCUGGGAGCAGGGGAGGAACAGGAAGGCUGGCCUCUAGGGAGAAGUCACGGGAGGCCCAGGCACCUCCCCGUUCUGCCCCGAGGGCAGGGAUCGGGUGCUCAGCAGCGGUAGUAAUGACAACUGCACACGCUCCCCUCCCGGUGCUUUAACCUGAACCCUUACAAGUCCCAUGGGGUGGGUGCCAUUAGCCUCAUCUUGCGGUAGAAGACAAACUGGCUCAAAUGAAUUGACGUGCCCAGAGUCCUGCUGCUAGUAAGUGUACAGGGGCACUCAGACUCUGGAUCCAUUGUGUUUCCGCUGCCCCAUGGCUGGCAGCUCCUUCCCCCAGCAUCUGGCACUGUCAGCAUGAUCCACAUUGAACUGGUUUGGUUUCUUAGCUGUAGCUCCACCCCUACCAGCAAACUUCUUUUCAAAGUAAAGGAGGAAGGAGCUAGGGCUUCUUAGAAGGAGACAGUGGCAGAAGUUCCCGCCAGCGGUGCCCCUGCCCAGCCCCCUGUGAACACCCCCACAGACCCCUUCAUGCUUCUGGCCUGGUCUGGUGGUUAGGGCGAGAUGCCCUGCUGGAGCACCCCAGACUCCGGCUCCAGUGAAAUGCCCCAAGGUCCAAACUAACUGGGGGCGAAGGCCUCCUUCUCUCCUGAGGUGGGACAGCCAAGGCCAGAGAGGGUGGAGCAAACUUAAAACCUUUUUCCUCUGAUUGAUGAGGCUUCCAAGAGGUCUUUGGAGGAUGAUACUUUUUCGGUUUAGUCCCCCUGCCCCCACCCAUCUCUAGGACUGGCACUGCCCCCUUUUGAAGGCGCUGUGGGCAGUGAGAUUCCAAUUGAGACUCAGGUCCCACCCUGGGCUCUGUUUGGGGGCUGGAGCUCAGGUAUGGGGAACCAUUUGCAGCCCCCCGUACGGUCUAGGAUUUCGUGGCUAGUCUCUGAUCCUCCCCCUUCUGUUACUAACCCACAACACUUCGGUGCCUGGCUUACGUCUGUCCCCAGAGCUUCAUUGGUCCUUAAAGUGGGACAGGACAAAGACCUAUCCCUUUGCUGGGGUGUGGGCCCAGUGGCCCAAUCCAGGUCCGGUCCCAGACCAGAGGGCAGACAGCACUGUGACUGCUUUGCUCUUUGACCUGUGGCUGCUGCAGGUCUAGCGCCUUCCUCCCCCUACCCCCCACAAGGGCCAGGCAGGUUGCGCAGGCACUAGCUCUCCACCCACCUACCCCAGCAGGCAGCCUCUCUCGCCUGGCCCAGCCUAGAAGAGCCAGAGGCAAGAUCCAGCUUCCCAGGGUUUUUUCCUCUCUGCACCACACAUACAGGCCUUUCUGAACCUGAGUAUUGCCUCCCACUUUCCCACACCCCCUCUCUCCCUAAGGGGAGGGGAAUGGCUGAGUUGCGGUUAAUCAGAUUCUAGUCCCCUUAUUAGAAAUCCUGUUAGAGCAGGGCUUCUUGAACUCAUUUGAACAUGAGUGUCACAUGGCACGCUUGUUAGAUGUCUGGGCCCACCUCAGAUUUGCCGGCUUAGGGACCUAGGAGUCUGCUUGUUUAACAAAGCUCUCAUGGUUCCUCAAAUGAGGAACCCACUACCGCAGGAGAAACACAGGCUGUUGGGCUAAGAGGGGGUAGGACCUCCAUGGAGUCAAUGUCAGGGUCUGGUCUUCAGGCACACGACAAGUCAGAACUCCAGAGAGGAUCUGUCUGUGCCAGAAACUUCCAUCGUCCAGAGCCGCAAAGGCUGAUGAACCAACCAGAAAGCUGAUUCCUUACACAGGCCCUGGUAGUGACGUCUCAGGGCUUGGGGCUCUAGUCUGGGCAGCUGUAUGGGGACUCUGUAUUCAUUUUAUUUAUUUACUUAAUUUUUAGAGAGGGAGAGGAUCUUAAGCGGGCUCUACACCCAGCGCAGAGCCCACCAUGGGGCUCGAUCCCACAACCCUGAGAUCAUGACCUGAGUGGAAAGCUUAACCAAGGGAGCCACCCAGGCGCUCCCCUGUAUUCAUUUUAAAGGGCAAUUUCUAGAAAGCAGCUUCCUCUGUGCCCCAGUUCCUGGAUGCUAUUCCCACGCAGCGUCUUUUUUUGCAAGUUAGAAGAUGGCACUCUUCACACCUUUGACUUCCAUCUGCCAGAAAGCCGGUUUAAGACGCAAGUUUUGCGACAGUAAGACGCUUGGCCGCCAGCACGGACUAGCACACUGACGGAGCCGCGCGCUAGGCGGCGGGACCGGCGGGCGCGAGGUCCGGCCCCGCAGCGCCGCAUCCCCUCGGGUCACACGCCAGAGCGAGAUGUCUGGGUUGGUUUGUUUGGUCUUGCAGCCUGUCUUCGUGCGACAGACGCAGGGCCCGCACCUCACUGGUGUCGAGGAGGGCUCCGUGGGCUGGGCCCAGCCGCAGAGGCAGCCGAACCCCCCGGGGCACCCCGGUGGCCGAGGCUGCCCCAGUGCGGAGAGUCGCAGCCCCGCUGGACUCGGAGUGCGGACUGUGGCAGGCCCAGCUCUCCGCGCCUCACCUAAGGUUCUGCCGCGGCGGCGGCCAGAAGCCCGGGAUUCCCCAAAACCGCUGAACUGGAACACACGGCCAGGAAGGCGUCGCGAAGUGCACGGCUCGCUGGGUUCUUACCGACUGAACGGCCGAGUCACCAGCACCCCAGCUCCUGGGAAACACGAUUACCGUCGCCC